AUAUUAUACAAUAAUAUAUAUUGUUUUAAUUAAAUAUUACAAAUGUAUAUUAUAAAUGUUUUUACAUUUAAUAAGAAAUAAUUUCAAUAUAUGAACCCUCAACUUUUCAGUGGCGGCUCGUGAGGUUUUAGUCUGGUGAGGCACAGUAUCUAAAGAACAAAAAGAAAACAUAGGCUAAACUUUAUUUUUGUUUAUGCAUAAUUAACAAUGUUCAAUUCGUAUGAUCGAUCAAUGUUGUUGACAUGUAUAUUUAGUCCGCAAGAUAGAUUUUGGACAUACACAUUUAUUUAAUGAAAAAGCCAGCACGUCAACAGCAUUGCACUGGAUGCACUAUUAAAAAUAUUUCCACAACUGAAUUCAUCAGAUGAUGAAGUAACUUUUGAAAAUGAAAUCGGCAAACACAUUUAAAAUUCAUUGAAAUUUAAUUUAAAAUUGUUAUUGCUUGUUUUGCAACAUAUUGUUUCUAUAUAAACUGAGGCACUGUGUCACCUGCCUUAUCUGAGUAGCCGUCACGGCAACCUUAAAAAUUAUUCAUAGCGAAUUCGUACAUUUAAAUUUAUUAUAAGCAUCGAAGUGGAUUAGCUCUCUUAUUAGUUACUACAUAAUUGCCUUACUAUACGUCACAUUUAUAUAAUAGUGGGAAUAUGUAGAGUAAAAAUGCCUCUGCAGAAGGAGUGGUUUAUUUUAGACCACAUCAGUUACUUCUUGAAUAUUUGUGGAUUUUAUUUACAAAUUCAUAACAAAGUGAAAUGUGAUUAUCCAUUUAGAGAAAUUUCCGCAUUUUUAUUAAUAUAUUGCUUGGUGCAAUUACUGAUUUUACUACAAGGUAAAUAUAAUUUUUACCAGAACUUUCACACGAAAAUCAUAACAACAGAUAUUUUAAUACCAAUAGUUGAUACUAUUAUGGUUUGUGUAAUUAUCUUAAUAAGGCACAGAACAUUGGAUGACAAUAUAAAAAUGUUAAAAUUGUUAAGUAACACGGAAGAAAAGUUGGAUGGUUGCAAGAAGCACUGGAAGAUGUUGGUGCAAGAAAAUAAAACUGCAUUGCUUAAACUUGUCAUAUUUUUAACAUUAGUUACAAUUCAAUUGGGCUUAUUGUUCUACAAAUACAAUUGGAAAAGUUUAUACUUUGUCAUACAGACCGUUUUCCUAAUACUUUUAGUGUUGGAAAUUGUUAUAAUUACAACAGUUUUAAGUAUUUUCAAAUAUUUGGUGAAGAAAAUGAACGAAGAUCUCUUAAUUGAUAUUACAGAAUAUUAUAAAUUACCAAUUGUAGAUAUUAAAAAAACUGUCAAUGGUGACUACUUUCUUAUAGGUUGGAUCAAAUCUGCUGUAGAAUAUAGGCGAAAUGAAAACGAUGGAGAAUUAUUUAAAGCUAAAUCUUUAAGGAUUUACAAACUUACAGAGUUUUUUGAACUGUUUAAUAAUGUUUUCGGUAUCUCACCAAUGUGUAUAAUAAUUUGUAGUUUAACAAGAUUGGUUCUUGUCAUUUUAGGACAUAAUGAAAUGUAUCCUUACUGGUUUCAAGUAAAUUAUUAUGUAAAUAUGAUGAUAAUGAUAUUAUUUAUGGAAAGUUUUGUUGAAAUUGUGUCUAUAUGCGACAUAAUUUCUUACGAAAUUUAUCGAUUUGGAAGUGGUUGUUUUAAAUAUUUGUUAGACAUGUCCUCAUCUUCGUUUAUACAAAAGGAAUACGAAGUGAAAUGGGUUGUACGCUACUUGUAUCUCACCGUUGUCGAGAAGGAGGGCAGAGAGCGCGUGGCUACAGUAUCAGUUGAGGUCAACUGGUAG